GUAAUUAACAGUUGUACCAUAGUUCCGAAUAAUUUUGUGAUCCAUUUUACACGUCGGUUCCUUCGGUUACAUCGGCUGCGACCAGUGAGCAAGCAGAGCCAACAUGCAAGCCUCAACUUCCAAGCAGACCAUCAGCUCUAUGAGAACCUGCCUUCUGGACGGCGAUCCCGUUACGUACGGCGUUUGCCCCAUCCCAGUCAAAGAUUUCAGGCUGUUCUACAGCUCCGAAGGCGAUGCUGCACCAUCUGCACGGCAACUGUAUCUGCACACUGCAUCCGACGCUGAGCUGGAGCAUCUGGCGCGUGCCUGCACUGCGGCCACCUUUGGCAUCAACCAGCAAGAUGUCUACGAUGAGACUUACCGCAAGGCCGGCAAAAUGGACGUCGAAGAAUUCGCCAGCAAAUUCGACUUGGAGCGCCGGGAAUUUUGACACGUGUCACGAAUGAUUUGCUGGCUCGCACCGACGAUAGCAGACCUGUUGAGUGGGAACUUUACAAGCUGAAUGUGUACGGAACCGGGGGCUUUUUUAAAGCGCACAAAGACACUCCACGAGGCGCUGACAUGUUUGGAUCGCUGGUGAUCGUGUUCCCUACGAAGCACACGGGCGGAGAGCUGAUCUUGCGUCACGGCGGAAAAGAGUGGACGUUCGACUCGGCCAAGGAAUUGGCUGCGGUUACUGAGCCGGCGAUCGGGUACGUCGCCUUCUUCAGCGAUGUGGAACAUGAAGUGGCAGUCGUGCAGUCCGGGUAUCGCGUGACGUGGACGUACAACUUGUACUUUGGCGAAUCUCCCGUUUCUCCUCCGGAAGCAAUGAUUACUAACGUUGUCGCCAACCGUGAACACACCUUCAAAGCCGGACUGGAACAGUUGUUAGCUGAUCCAACAUUUUUACCGAAAGGAGGACUGGUCGGCUUUGGUCUGCAGCACAAGUACCCGGUUAAUGCCGAAACUGACCUGCGCACUGUAAUGGAGUGUCUUAAGGGCAGCGAUGCGCUGGUAAGCAAAGUCUGUCAAGAGCUGUCGCUCCCCAUCAAGCCCAAAAUGCUGACCGAGGCUUACGGCUACUCCGGCGACGAGCGCCCGGAAAUGGCUGGAGGUCACUUCUUCAAGCCGGAAAUGUCGACCAACGUUGACGGGAAAUCCGACGACGAAGAAACAUCUGAGGAUUUUGACUGGACUGAGAGCAGCGCUGAAGACGAUGGGGAUUCCGAUGGGAGCGAAAACACUGCUGAAGGCGCUGGGGAUUCCGAUGAGAGUGAGAAUGAAAAUACAAAGCAUGCAGGAGAUAGUAUUAACGAGUACAGUGCUGAAGACGCUGGGGAUUCCGAUGAGAGUGAGAACGAAGAUACGAAGCACUCAGGAGACAGUGUCAACGAGAACAGUGUUGAAGACGAUGGGGAUUCCGAUGGGAGUGAGGACGAGGACAAAAAAUAUUCAAAGGACAUUACAAGCAACGACAGCGUUGAAGACGAUCGGAAUUCCAUUAGGAUUGAGAACGGAGAUAUAAAGCGCUCAAAAGACAGUAUCAACGGGAACAACGUUAAAGCCGAUAGGAAUUCCGAUUUGAUUGGGAAUAAGAACGGAGAUACAAAGCAAUCAAAAGACGGUAUCAACGAGAACAGUGUCGAAUACGAUGAGAGUGCAGACGAGUACAAAAACUAUUUGAAGGACGUUACGAGCAAGAACAGUGUUGACGAUGGUGAUGCCGAUGGGAGUAAGAACGGUGAUAUAAAGCACUCAAAAGCCAGUAUCAACGGGAACAACGUUAAAGUCGGAAGGGUGUGAGAACGAGGAAAUAAAACAUUCAAAGGACAUUACAAGCAACAACAGCAUUGACGAUGGGCAUUCCGAUGGGAGCGAGAAGACCGGUGAAGAUGCCGGAGAGGGCGACUCGAAAAAAUAUCGUUAUGAUCCAGACUUAGUGACAGUUUUAACCGACCAUGUUGUUGAGAUGUCGGACUUGUUUCAGUCGAAAUCGCAGGGUGAUCGACUGGCGCAGGAGUACGGGCGCUUGAUUCUUUCAUAUCCAGAUGGCACACCGCGUCGAUGUUGGGAUUAUGAGAAGGGAAAGAUGGUCAAAUGCUCGGUCGACAUUCACUGGAUCACCGAAUCGACCAAGUACAAUGAAGUGAAAACUGAGUACGUUACCUAUGGGAAUUCGGCCUCCCUAAGCUACCUGUAUGGCACCCUUUGCCUUGUGGCUAGAAUCGGUCCUGUCGGAAAUCGGAUUAAAAAACCUAAGCACGUGCCGGAUGCAUGAAGACCGGAUGGAGCUUCCGUUUUCCAGUAAUGAAUUAACUAUUGUACCGUACUGAUACUUUCGUACGUAAACGUUUUGAAAUGCGCCUUUUCAGUAGAUUUAUAUCAUAUACAGCUGUCCGUAAAAAAAUCCCUGUCUUCUACGCUUGGUUUGCUCCUCUGAACAGCGGACCAGUCUUUUUCGGCAGGCGUGUUCUGUUUAUAUUUUUUUUCGGUGCCUGUCGUCUAUA